CUCUGGCUCCGCCCACCCACCCCCGGGCCCGCCUUCAGGGUGGUGCCGGCGCUUUGCCCCGCCCCUCGCAGUCCACUUCCGCUCGGGGAAGGGCCGCUUCCGGUGCCAGUGUGGCGCGCUGCGGUAGCAUGGCUGCGCCGCGACUGCUGCGAGUUUUGUGCCUGGCGGGCUUCCGGCAGAGCGAGCGGGGCUUCCGCGAGAAGACGGGAGCGCUGAGGAAGGCGCUGCGGGGCCGCGCCGAGCUCGUGUGCCUCAGCGGCCCGCACCCCCUCCUCGACGCAGCGGGCCCCACGCCGGACUCCGGGCCUUGCUCUCCGGAGGAGCAACCUCGAGGCUGGUGGUUUUCCGAACCGGAGGCAGACGAGUUCUCGGCCCUGAACGAGCCCACGGUGUGCAGAGGCCUGGAGGAAGCCCUGACGACGGUGGCUCGGGCCCUGAGCGAGCUGGGGCCGUUCGAUGGACUUCUUGGCUUCAGCCAGGGGGCUGCCUUGGUAGCCCACGUGUGCGCCCUGGGCCAAGCAGGCGAUCCCCGCUUCCCCUUGCCGCGGUUUAUUAUCCUGGUUUCUGGUUUCUGCCCCCGAGGCUUCAAGGAACCCAGCCUGCAGAGUCCCUUGUCACUGCCUUCACUUCAUGUUUUCGGGGACAGUGAUCGAGUCAUCCCUUCUCAGGAAAGUGUGCAGCUGGCUGGCCGAUUCCCUGAAGCUGUCACCCUCACCCACUCUGGUGGCCACUUCAUUCCAGCAGCUGCAUCCCAGCGCCAGGCCUACCUCAAGUUCUUGGACCAGUUUGUAGAAAGAUAGCUCUAGCCUUGGGGCAGCCCCCAUGCCCUCCCCCCCCUUGUUUCCACAUCCUCAGACCUUCCCUGCUCUGCUAUCAAUUCUGUACUUUCAUAAGCCUGUGCUCUGCUAGAAAAAAGGAGUGCAGAAAGCCUUACUAGACUUUAGUUUGUUUUACUCAAAUAUGGUCUUAAGACUCCUAGGUAAGAGGGGAAAGCUGACAUCACUGUGACUGCCACACAAUAAAGUGGUACAGGUUUUGAU